AUGCAUCGAAAGCAAAGCGUAUCCAGUAGGUAUUCAAUUUCCACACAGAAAAGCCCAAUUGCGUUUCGUCGUAGAGCGAAGCCUAGUUUGCCCCGUUUGGGAAAGUCUCACGAAGGUUUUAAUGUCGAUGCUGGCUUCGAGACAUCUGAGUUUGAUUUGAUUGAUUUUGCGGAAGAUGUGUUUAAUUGUCAGGAUCCGCAGCCACCGAAGUUGAUCGAAGAAGCAGCUGCUCUUUUCGGGUUGGUGGCUGGUACUGCAAAUCGUCGACGUUCUACCCAAAAUCGUAUCAAAAUAUUGGAAAAUACGAGACGAAAUGUACACCCUUUACACUCCGGAAAAUAUCAAAAACGUAGAAAUCGAAGCCAAGUUUCGUUUGACUUCGACCUGUCCCAUGACCUAGUACAACAAUUGCAGUCGAGCGAGGACCAUUGCCGAAAGCAGUCGCACCAUCAAAUUGCGACUGUUUCUAAGGAAAAGCAACAUCAGGUGCAGCUUCCAGCAGAGCGCAAUAUACAAUCAAACGCGACGAACACAAUCGCCAAAUCAAAUGAAACAUCAUCUAGAACUAUGAAUUGGAAUAAAGCUGAUGCGGUUAAAGCUUUACUUGUAGAAACAAAGGCUAUUGAAUUGCUUAAGUCCCCCCGUGCGCUAAUUCUGCGUUUUCCUGAUCCAGAACUUAAUAAAGAUAUAGUUCAAAGCUAUUCUUCCAGCAUCGAGAAUGUUGUUUUCCACAGACCUUCGACACCACGCUACUGCAUGGUACAUUUGAAGCCGGAUGCAGACGUCGAACGAGUCAUUCAACAACUCUCAAAGAUAUCGUUUGGUACUGGAAAAAUCACAGUCGAAAGGAAGACAAAGUACGGCCAGCGGAAGCCAACGGUGAAACCAAAUGACAUUGAUCCGCUGACUUUGUUUAUCGGAAACUUGCCAAAUGCAGUCACAGUGUAUACUGUAAAGCAGAUGUUCCCCACGGCGCGUCGGAUCGAUAUUGGCCAUGCUCAACGAUUGAAGCACACUCGGUAUGCCUUCAUUCGUUUUCACAGCGUUAAUGAGGCGAUCGCUGCGUUUGAAAGCAACGUAAAUAAGGUAAUCGAUGGCAAGAAUAUUAUUAUCCGUUUUCGUCGUUGCAAUGCUCCGAUUGCAUUGCCUGAAGACACAAACACGCCUAAGACACCCAAAAGACAAAAAGGUGCGUCAGGACAAUUGUUUGUUUCUAUUGAGCAGAAACCGCGCUGUGAUCGUACUUUUCAGCAAAGGCAGGGGAUCCAUCAUUCAGAUACAUUGAACACUAUCAAAACGGAGAUUCUGGACGAAGAUUGUGCCAAAAAUAACCCCUUCAUGAAGUCGAAGAUUAAGCUCGAGCAGCAAGAGGUGCUCCAUGCUGACGUUAAUCAUUACGACGAGGAGGAUGAUGAUGACAUCGAAGAUUUUCUAGAGGACGACGAAGAUGAAAAUGUCAAUCUGGAUGAAAUUAAUACGGACGCAAACUACUGCGACGACGAUGACACCGAUGUGGAUGCAUUCGAUAAGAAUUUUUGGACGCUGGAGCAGUUACGCAACAAAACAAGUGCUGAUGAGACGUCGAUUUCUGCUUCUGAUUCUAAGGAAAGCGAUAUCUUCAUAGAACCAGAUUCCGGUACCAAAACUAGUUCCACAACAUUUAACACGCACAAGCCAAAGGAACAUAAACCUGUGUCGACAUUUAUUGUCAGUAAACGACGAGACGAUCAAUUGCAGGAUCUUUUCAGCUGUUUGGAACCUGAUGAUGAUUUAUCACUUUAA